AUGAAGACUUUAUUCGACCAUACAAAGAAGCUCUACACCCAUGAGGCGUUUCUCUCAGCUGAUGAACUCAAGUUCGAACAGCCCGAGCAGCGCGCGACUAUCCGUAGGGUCAACCUGGCCACUUUUGUUUCCUCGGUUUUCGGAUCCCAAGAAGUUGGAUUUUUUCACCUUAACGAGCAUUUCCUCGACACGUUCGUUCCCGACGGUGGCAGGCUUUUGAAGUCUCAAGGUGCUUUGUAUUUGGAUCUCAAAACUCAGGCCUAUAUUUCUGCGAUGUCCACCAACGAACGCGGCAAGGAGGAUAUCUUGCUUGAUUUGUUCCCAGAUGACAUGAACUCUAUCCUUCUGAACCGAAAGCCCGGAGCCAAGCAAUUGACACCCAGCGAACUCGAUUUCGUUCAUAGGUUGGCUCAGAGGAAACAGCACUUGAUGAUGAUACCUGAUGACGUGAAUUUGAGCGAAAAGUAUGUCUGGCAGGAAUUCUUGAAAGAGGUUAGUUGGUAUGUUAGCAAGAAUUAUGAGUCCAUUAUUCGUCGUAUUAGAAAGCGUAAAUCGCCUUCUCUUUCUAAUGUUCGAACGCCUACUUUCGGUCGCACGGGGUCCCCGCUUGGGGGCAGGCGUUCCGUGUCUCAUGGGCUAGAAGAAAGGAACAGCAGUCCCCUUCCGCGCUCUAAGUCUGAAACUCCAAAUGGUGGAGAAGUGUCGGCCGCCCAACUGGCUCUCGAAAACGAGCUCUUUGGCACCAACACUAGCAUUGCAAUGUCACUCGGGGCCCCUCCCCCCCAACCGUCACCACCCCAGAGCGCACCUACCCAGGUCCUUUACGAGCGCGCCCGCAUGGCCGCAACCGCAAAGGCCUCGCCUAAUGCUCGCCGUGCAGGCCUCCCAUCUCAACGCCGGCCCUGGACUACUGAGGAGGAGAACGCGCUCAUGGCCGGCCUCGACCGUGUUAAAGGCCCACAUUGGUCGCAGAUCCUCGCAAUGUUUGGUCCUGGCGGAACAGUUAAUGAAGUUCUUAAGGAUCGCAACCAAGUCCAACUAAAGGAUAAAGCUAGAAACCUCAAGCUAUUCUUUUUAAAGUCGAACAUUGAAGUCCCUUAUUAUCUCCAGUUUGUUACAGGCGAACUCAAGACACGCGCUCCCGGUCAAGCAGCCAAACACGCGGCCAAAAAGGCCACCGCUGCAAGCGCCUCUGAAGACGCCGCUCACGUCGCUGCUGUUACGGCUCUCGGACAGGCUCGCAAUAUGACUCACCUGAGUCAGACAAUCGAUAUGAACCAGGUUGUGGCGGCAGCGGCCGGAGGGUCAGGGGAAGGCAGCUCUUCCCAGGAGGAAUCCCACCAAGGCUCUGUCGCUCCAAUGGCAGAUAUGGGAAUGGGAGUCGAUAUGGUUGCCGCUGAUCAGCUUCAACAACACAAUCAUCUUCAGCAGCAGCACGAUCAACUUCCCCACCACGAUGCCUCUACCAUAACCAAUACUCCUGAUACCCCUCCUACCCAUCACCGUUCCGAUACCACCCCUACUCACGAAAUUUCUAACACCAUCACCAUCCAUCACCAACACGAUGGUAGAAUCGACCCCGUCCUUAUGAUGAGCAGCGUCUCUGCGAUAGAAACCGCGCCCAAUACCCCCCAGGUGGUUGAUGGUGAUCUUCAAAACCAACUCCAAACUUAA